CUUUUAAGAUCUGGCAACACGCGCACACAGACGCAGAACGAAAGUUUGCAUUUAGCAACAGCGAUAUAUCUGCAGCUUUCGAAAUGUCGGUUUUAAGGGGCUGCACCAAGUUCACCCAUCCUGGAUUUCUAUCACUGCUCUCUGGAAACAGCAGUCAUGGUAGAAGUUGUGCUCUUCGGUAUCUUGUGUCAAAAAACGAUUAUUCAACAUCUUCCAAGAUUAAAGUGGACCUGGACAGUAGUAACGGCGUUGCUGUACUGCAGUUCCAAAGUCCUCCAGUCAACAGUCUCAGUCUCGACUUUUUGACUGAGUUUGCUAUUAAUUUGGAAAAACUUGAGCUGGACAGAAGCUGCAGGGGUGUGAUCAUAACAUCUGCUCAGCCAAAGGUGUUUUCUGCAGGCCUUGAUAUUUUGGAAAUGUAUCAAAAGAGUCCAGAGCACUGCGCUGAAUUCUGGAAGGCCGUCCAGGAGGCAUGGCUGAAGCUUUAUGGGUCCUCUAAGGUCACCAUCGCUGCUAUCAAUGGUAACAGUCCUGCUGGUGGCUGUUUGUUGGCCAUGUGUUGUGACUACAGGAUCAUGGCUGAUAACCCUCGCUAUAGCAUUGGUCUCAAUGAAACACAACUUGGCAUAGUUGCACCCUUUUGGUUUAAGGACACCAUGUUAAACGUUGUGGGCCAUAGAGAAACUGAGAAGGGUCUUCAGCUGGGUUUACUGUACAAUACUCCAAACGCCCUGAAGAUUGGUCUGGUGGAUGAGCUUGUUCCUGAGGAUAAAGUUCUCAGCACGGCAGCUGAGACCAUGACUAAAUGGUUGGCCAUUCCAGAUCACGCUCGUCAGAUAAGCAAGUCUAUGAUGAGAAAACCCACAGUAGACAAACUUCUUGCAAAUAGAGAAGCCGACACCACAAACUUUGUCAGUUUCAUCACCAAAGACUCCAUCCAGAAAUCUCUUGGCAUGUACAUGGCGAUGCUGAAGAAGAAGAAGUCCUAAGGACCUGAACAUGUGCCUGUUGUUGAUGUUGCCUUAUAUGUAGUAUAGGAGCGUCAAUGGAUAACACAUUAUCCUUUUUGUUUGUUGCUGGAGGAUUACUUUAUUUGUUUGUACUGUAAAUAAAAACUUUUAAAACAAAAAA